GCAAAGAGGCUUCUCUGCAGUUGCUCGAAGAUGCCAGAGUUGUAUCAAGCCCCAUGGCUUUCCCGCAGGGGAUCUUGGGAAAUGUAGUUCUGCGAGGGUGCUGGAAAUCUAUAAGAAGAGCCUUGCUUUUGACCCACCACUAGUAGUAUCCUGUGAAGCCUUCAGCUGGAGAAACCCCGGCCUCUCCCACUGGGCAAAGGCAAGGAAAGAGGCCUCUUCCCCUAAGAAGAUAAAGGCCUCGCCAAGGGGAAAAAAGCCACUAACUCUCUUCUGACCCAACUGGUCUGGUCUGAGGCCUAGCGGCAGAAGAUGGCUGCCAAGCAACCUGGCACAACAGAACUUGGCGAGAACUGCCCGAAAAGGCCUCGACUCGAUCCUAUGGCACUUCAGCCAGCACCGGCUUCACAUCCUCACGCAACUGACCUCAUCGAGGAAUAUGACAUCAUCACUGAAGAAGACAUUGAAGAGAUCAAGGAUGCUCUCAAAGAGGGGAAAAUGGUGGAAGCGGCAUCCAAGAUUAUGGAAAACUUGCAGGCCUUGGAAAACUCCCGCUUGGACAUUGCGGUGACGGGAGAGUCGGGUUCUGGCAAGUCCUCCUUCGUCAAUGCCAUUCGGGGCUUAGGGGAUGAAGAUGAUGGUGCUGCUGCCACUGGGGUGGUGGAGACCACAAUGGUGCCCACUCCUUACCCACACCCCAAACAUCCCAACGUGACCGUGUGGGACCUGCCUGGAAUAGGCACCCCAGAGUUCCAGUCCAGCACUUACCUAGAAAAAGUGGGCUUCUCUCGCUAUGACUUCUUUAUUCUGAUUGCUUCGGAGCGCUUCAAAUCCAACCAUGCCCAGUUGGCACGUGAGAUUCAGCAGCUGGGCAAACGCUUCUACUUUGUGCGCUCCAAGGUGGAUGCAGACGUGCACGCGACUAAAAAGCGUCGGCCACGAGCUUACGAUGAGGAGCUGCUACUGAAUCAGAUUCGAGAAAAUAGCAAAAAGUGCCUCCUGGACGAAGGAAUCAUUUCUCCCCAGGUCUUCCUCCUGUCCAGCUGGGAGCUGAACAAGUAUGACUUCAUGUUGCUGGAAGAGACCUUGGAGAAGGAGCUGCCAAAGCACAAGAGGCAUGCCUUCCUCUUGGCCCUGCCCAACAUCUCACUAGUUAUCUUGCAGAAGAAGAAGGAGGCCUUGCAGAAACAGAUCUGGAAGCUGGCGACUAUCUCAUGCGGGGUGGCUGCUGUGCCCAUUCCUGGUCUUUCAGUAGCCUGUGAUGUGGCUAUCCUGGUUAAGUCUCUCUCGGAGUAUCGCCAAAACUUUGGCCUGGAUGAGGAGUCCCUCAACAAGUUGGCUGAGAAGGUGGCCAAGCCUGUGGAGGAGAUCAAAGAGGCGAUCAAGUCACCGUUGGCCAAAGAGAUCUCCAGGGACUUAGUGGUGAAGAUGUUGACCAAGGCUGGUGGUGGGGCAUUGAUGUUCAUGGAGUAUUUAGCUAGCAACAUACCCAUAUUUGGCUCCUUGGCAGCUGGAGGGAUCUCCUAUGGAACCACCUACUACAUGCUCUGGAGUUUCCUUAAUGAGGUGGCUGCAGAUGCUCAUAAUGUUCUCAUUAGGGCCUUUGAGUCCGAUAUUUGAAAGGGUUCUUGGGUGGCAGAUCAACAGCAGAUGCUCAGUUCUUCUAACAUCAUGUAACUCCACUGAAGCUAAGAGAGCUCUGUUGUGUUCUUGCCCGCUGAGAACCAAGCUUAUCAACGGGAACAAACAGAAAGAGGUUCGAGACCACAAAUGUUGGACCAUCACAGUAACUGGGGGAGGAGGGAAUAGAACAUGCUCCUCAAUUUAUAUUGCCAAAUUUAAAUUUAGUUUAAUUCUAGCAAAUUCCAGCAUAGGAAUUGUCAAUCUGUGAAGUGUCUAGGAAUCUCUAUAAAGAAUUUUCACCGCCUUCAUAAAACCAGGGUUCCUUGGGGGAUAGCAAUGACAAUUAAACCUGCUGGUUUAAAUUUGCAGUGCUGGGAUGCCCUGAGCUGAUUUCCUGGGUAUGGUGUGUGUUCCUCUUACUGGUUUGGACUGGAGGCCUUCUUAAAAAGGCCUGUUCCUUUUAUUGAAGAGCUAGAGAAUCUGUUUUUCCUAGUGUGACUCCUCAUGAGAUCAUAAUCUGAGAGAACACUUUAAAACAGGCCUGCACAGCUUUGGCUCCCCUGCAGCGGUUUGACUGGAACUCCCAUCAUGCCUAUUGGCCAGUGUGGAUGAUGGGAGUUGUAAUACAAAAACAGCUGAAGUUGUGCAGCCCUGCUUUAGACAGAAGAUUGGAUUGUUCUCUUCUAAGACUCAUGAUCUGGCUCAUUUGAUUUCACUGGGUAAGUCACAUGUAGUAUAGGAAAGGCUGCUUAUGAGUAGUGGGAGAAAAACCAGUUUCUUUGUGACUGCUUUGAGCCAGAGGUCAUUCACACAACUAAAAAUCAUGUUCUACCCAGGUUUGGGAGCUGUGUGUGCUUUCAAUUUUUUGGUUGUGUGGAAGCACGGUCGGAGGAAAACCUGGGUAGCUUUUCCUCCUACCUUGCUUUCACACAAUCACUUCUACCCAGGUUUUCUUCUUACUUUGUUUUCACACAAAGUAAGUUUUCACACAAAUGUUUCCCCCCAAACAUCGGGAGCACACACAGCUCCCAAACCUGGAUAGAACGCAGUUUUGGGUUGUGUGAAUGACUUCAUAGUUUUGAUCACCUUGAACCUUAAGUCUUCUUUUGUUAUCCACUUUGUGACUAGUUAGAUGUGCCUUUUGCUCCUGAACCAUCUUGAACAUACUGGUUUCUAGCUUUUACGGAAGCAGGAGAAAGGGAGUGGCAUCUAUCCAUUUGGUUGAAACCAUGACCCGGGCCUCCCAUUUUAAAAUGUCCACAUGUCCCUGCUGUAAUCCUACUAGCUUUUCAGUUCUUUGGUACGAUUACUAGAGUAAGUUUUAAAUGCCAGCAAAUCUUGUUUUUCAAUAGGGUAGAAAAAUGCUUCUUAACAGGAGAUAUUUCCAUGAUAUUUCCACAAUAUUUUCCCUUUUUCCAGCAGUAAGUGGCAUCCAGGAAUCGUUCACAGAUCCAAAAUGCACACUGCUUGGCAGUUAAGAUCACAUUUGGAUGUUCACCCAAGAAACAGAAGUGCCUUAGCAAUACAAACAUUAGUCCACAGACUGAUGCUGUAUUUGGUUUGAGACUGCCCCUAAACUCUGGAUUUGUGUGGCUUUAUAAGAAUGACUGUUAUAUUAAAGUUUCUGUUUUAUAAAAUGAAAUCAUACAAGA